AUGGCGGAAACACGUCCAACUGCUGCGGCUGCGAAAAAACGUUGUCAAAAGAAGUAUGGUCCUCACGAGAGAUCUAAGAUCACCUCAGAUGAAAUCAAAGACCUCAAGGCUCUGUAUGGAGUGAAGAUCACCACUCCGAGGAAGCAUGAGUCGGCGGCCUCCCUCCGGGUUAUGUUUUGGAUCGACGAAUUCCACCAGCUUUGCUCAAUGAAGGGGAACAAUCGCUUUCCCGGCUCGUUUUACUCCUCUCCUGGCCAUAACCGCACGAUCGACAAAGCUUCUGUGGGGGAUUUCGAUUUUGACAGGAUCCCCAAAGCUUAG